UAUUUCUCUUUUUUGUUUGUAAAACCCUCAAAGUGCUUCUUCAGUCUCCCAUUCUCUCUUUGAAAUCUAAAGAGAAAAAAAAAAGAGGCUAAAAAAGAAGAAUGGGUGAGAAGCCUAAAUCUGGAGGUGUUUGGCCAACUGUUAAGCCAUUUGUUAAUGGAGGUGCUUCUGGUAUGCUUGCCACUUGUGUUAUUCAACCCAUUGAUAUGAUUAAGGUGAGGAUACAAUUGGGUCAGGGAUCAGCAGUUGAUGUCACCAAGACCAUGCUUAAAAAUGAAGGCUUUGGUGCCUUUUACAAGGGUCUGUCAGCUGGGCUUCUUAGGCAGGCAACCUACACAACAGCCCGACUUGGGUCAUUCAGAAUUCUGACAAACAAGGCCAUUGAGGCGAAUGACGGGAAGCCCUUACCUCUAUACCAAAAGGCUUUGUGUGGUCUGACAGCUGGAGCAAUUGGUGCAUCUGUUGGCAGUCCAGCAGAUUUGGCCCUCAUCCGUAUGCAAGCUGAUGCUACCGUGCCUUUAGCACAGAGACGUAAUUACAAAAAUGCAUUCCAUGCACUCGGCCGUAUUGUGGCUGAUGAAGGAGUUCUAGCCCUCUGGAAAGGUGCUGGCCCCACAGUUGUAAGGGCAAUGGCAUUGAAUAUGGGAAUGCUUGCCUCUUAUGAUCAGAGUGUGGAGUUCUGUAGGGACAACCUUGGCCUGGGCGAGGCAGCUACAGUAGUAGGGGCCAGCACUGUUUCUGGAUUCUUUGCUGCUGCUUGCAGUUUACCAUUUGAUUAUGUCAAGACUCAGAUUCAGAAAAUGCAGCCAGAUGCUGAAGGAAAAUUUCCCUACACUGGUUCUCUCGAUUGUGCCAUGAAGACUUUGAAGGCUGGAGGACCCUUCAAAUUUUACACUGGAUUUCCAGUAUAUUGCGUUAGGAUUGCCCCUCAUGUUAUGAUGACAUGGAUUUUUCUUAACCAAAUUCAGAAGGCGGAGAAGAAAAUCGGAUUGUGAUCCUCUCAAGUUGAGCUCUAUUAGAAAUAACAUCUUUGUCUUGUUGUAUUAGUACUGUUUUUGCUCUUUCUUUAUUUCAUGCAUUCAAAGUGAAAAGGCUGCUUUAAAGAUUUUUGUGGUGAUACAUUGACUCGCGGAAAUUUAGGUUAGGCAUUUCGUACUUUUUGAUAUUCCGACCAAUUUAGUUUUGGGAGGACUCUGCUUUAUCCACAUUGAUGGCAAGAUUCUUUUAGCUGAAUAAUCAGUGUACUUCAAAAACUUUCCUGAAGUAGGUUUUAUGGAGGUUUACACCAA